AUGUCCGCAAAAACAAGUAGAUUGUAUAUAACCUUAGACCACACUGUAGAACCUAUAAAAGGGUCACCACUAGGCAAUAGAGACACAGUUGUCUUAGCGACAGUUACACAAAUAACUACGAGAACAUACACACGAAGCAAAAUGUUCAAACUGACCAUCCUUCUUGCUCUCAUCGCCUUCACCCAGGCUGGCAUCAUCGCCCCAGUGGUCCCAGUGGCGCACCCUGUGGUAGCCCACCAUGUCAUCGCCCACCCUGUUGUCCACCACAGAACCUUAGUUCCCGCUGCCCCAAUAGUCCACGCCCCAGUCGUGCAUGCUGCCCCAAUUGUCCCAGUCGUUAAGCACGCACCAGUUAUUGCGGUACAUCAUUAA